GUUACCCCUUUAGGUAAUGUUCGUUAAUAAGUGAUUGCUCAGGUAGUAAGCCCUCCACGGCCCAGCGGUGGAGCAGCUCGGUGCCAGGGCCACGCUGAGCAAGGACCCCAAUUUCGAGUCCCUGCGGCGCUUGACACGACCUACCCCCAAGCCCUUGCCAGGGCAACACAGUGAAGGAGUCCAGCGGGACGGAAACCUGGAGUGACAGGCAACUUCGCGCCGCCGACUGGACACCUGCCUUUCGACAUCCUGCGGUACCAAAGAAACAACGCUUACACCGUGAAAAUACUCGAGUAACCCCUCCGACCUGUUCCUACAGCCUCCAAGCUGAGCAUCGCCGCCAACACGCCCCUUCGCAAAUACUCGUCGACCAUGCCGUCGGUGGCCCAGAAAUUGCCGACCGCUCAGCUGUCUAAAAAGCGGAGGCGAGACGACGAGAGUCAUCCGAGCCUCUCGUAUGCGGCCCUUCUCGCGAAAGCCACGACUCCCUGCGCUGACUGUCCCGUCGCCAGCUCCGACACCCUCGGCGACGAGUCUCACGUCGUCUCUUCGUCUCAACUUUUCGACCAUGGCGGCCUUUCUCAGCACUACCAGGCCCAUCCCCCAGCCAUCCGAAAGACCAUUCCCCUACCACCCGGCAAGCGGCAAAAGGCAUUGGCCGGGAGAGACGCAGGAGCGGAUGAAGGAGCAAUGCCACAGUCACAGCACCGCCACCCAACCAAGGAAAACGCCCGGGGAGAAGAAGAAGCACCGGAGCACAGCGCCCGACCAGCAGUUCAUCCCGCCACCGCCGCCCCGAUGAGCCGAUGCCACAUCUGCUCGCGCCGGCCGAGCAAGAAAUCCGAUCUCGAUUCGUUCGCCGACUGCCAGGGCUGUGGCCGGCGGACCUGCUUCGUGUGCAUGCGCGAGUGCCUCGGCUGGGGAGGACCCGGCGUGCAGCUCGAAACCUACCCGACGCCCUUCUCUCCCGCCGCCGGCCUGGACCCAGCGGACGUUUCCUUCACCAUGCUCGACGUCGACGCCGACGUCGAGGAGUACCCCCCAGCGCCGGCGCCGCCAGCGGCUUCUUCCGAGCAGAGAAAGCAGCAGGGGCCGGGACAGGGACGGGACCAAGGGUGGACAGGAGGAGGGGGCCACCGGCAGGUGGUCUGCAGUCGGUGCUGUGUGGAGAAGGGACCGGAUGGCGACGUCGUCUGUCUGGGGUGUCUGCCGUUUGUCGAGAGCUGAAAAGCCCAGCAGCCAGUUUGACAAGAUGGUUGUGUGCCUAUGCGCGGCAUACACUGUCGGGUCUAUCAGACUCGGCAGGUCCCGGCGCUGCCCCAACCCCUCGGCGCACCUUUUCCGGAUGGUCAAGAGAUACUCGAGGACGGGUGCGCCAAGCCCACGACGGAGGCUCGGGACUUGUGUGUCGACGCUUCGCCGGAUGACCUAGCGCGCGUCGAGGAUGUGAGAAACGAGCUCGACGCUCGGGGAAAAGUCUGGGACUCUCCCGUCAUCGAAACCGACAGACGACACUUGGGGUCGUUGUUGAUCCAUCCUGUCGAGCAAUCCCGAGCGGUGGCUGGGUGAAGGAGAAGGAAAGGGCCGAGUGAUCCUCGGCCUGUCUAGGAUAAUCUGUGAACACGCCUUGGGAGAAGAGGGUGACAGUUCGCGGGAGAGAGCGGAUUGUCGGGGAGACAGGCACUAAGGGGGCACGAGC